AUGGAUGCAAAAACAUUGACUGGAUCCAUCAUCAGAACACUCAUGUUUAUUGCAGGGAUCCUGGGAAACAACUGGCUGGCUAUAUGCUCCCUGCCCAGGCAGAAAUCCGCCAUCCGCACAAACGAGAUCCUUUUUAUCAACUUGGCCGUCUCCAACCUCAUCACCAACUACCUGGUGGACCUGCCCGACACCAUGGCAGAUUUUGCUGGGAGAUGGUUCCUGGGAGAGACCUACUGUGCCAUUUUUCGUUUCUGUGCUGGCCUCUCUGAAACCAGCAGCAUCUUCACAACCCUCUUCAUCAGCGCUUUCUGGCACCAGAAGCUGGUUGGCUCCCUAAAACGAGGCGGCGCCCCGGUGCAGAUGGACAGCCUGUGCCUUGUGGGCUGUAUGCUUGCUGGGAGCUGGAUGUUGGCUGCAGUCUUCAGCGUCCCACACUGCUUCUUUGUCUCAGUGGAGGGGACAAAUGGCAGCUAUGAAGACUGCGUAGAUGUCUUUCCUAAUGAAACUGCCAGGCAAACAUAUGAAGCAAUUUAUUUAACCCUGGCUAAUGUUUUUCCUAUUGUUGGAAUUGUUUUCGCCAGUGCCCAGAUUGUCAUCACUCUUCUUCAAAACCAGCAACGUAUAAGGAGUCAUAACUUGGAUCAAACCAAGGAGACAGUUAAAGAGAAAAAGAAGAGCCUUGAGAACAAACGCGAUGAUGCAUCAGUCAGCAUCGUCUCUGGCACCUCAAAAGGCUCUACAUCCCCAAACCAUGUUUAUCAAGGUGUGCCUGCUCCUUCCUCUCCAAACCGAAAGCGGUCAGGUCACAGUCAUCACAGCUCUCCCGAGCACAAGGAAAAAGAUACAGACUGCAGCAGUGGAGCUCAUCCAAAUCUUCCAAGGUCCUCUCAGAUACCAUCUAAGCCCAGUCCAAACUCAAGCACUCAUGUGCGAGCGGCCAAGAGCGUGGUGGCUGUAGCCAGUGUGGUGCUGGUCUGCUGGCUGACUCAUUUUCUGCUGCACAUUACUAACGACAUCCACACUUCAUCAAUGGCACUGGAGGUGUCCAGCUAUAUGGCAGCCUCCUACAUGUCCAUCAUUCCCUACAUCUUCCUGCACGGAGUGAAAAAACUGUCUUGCUCAUUCAAAAGAUAA